GGAUGACGUGCUUUGUUUUCGCGCUUGCUCGAUUAUAUUCGGGUUUGGUUGGGGGUGUCAGGUAUCGCCUAACGUGGAGCAUGUUGCAUGCCAGAGGGGCCUGGAGAAGGCACCGACACUGCGUACGUAGAACUUUGGGACGUCGAAGGGUUGUGCUGGGGGGGCAUAGCCAAUGGCGCCUCCGUAAUCAGAGGGACCUGGAGAAGGCACCGGCACUGCGUGCGUAGAGCUUUGGAAUGUCGAAAGGGGUGUGCUGGGGGAGCAUGUGAAGUCG